CCCCCCGCACCCCCUCGCUCCUCCCUGCUCUGCCCACUCUGCUGGCUGUUCCCCCCUCGCUGCGCUGCGGAUCUCCCGAGCCUACCGCAGUGAAUCCGUCAUCCCUCGACUCAGGUCCCGAAAUACCAGCCGACAGGUCGGAGAGACGGUACCAGAAGCGGCGACGUUCCCCGGAAAAGGCCUCUCUUCUCUUCUCCUUCGAGUGAAGUCGUGUCCGAGGCGAGGACAGCCCGACCGCCGGAAUGGGAAAUGAAGCAAGUUAUCCCUUGGAGAUGUGCUCGCACUUCGAUGCUGAUGAGAUUAAGAGACUAGGGAAGAGGUUUAAGAAACUCGACCUAGAUAACUCUGGUUCUCUCAGCGUGGAGGAGUUCAUGUCCUUGCCUGAGCUCCAGCAGAACCCACUGGUUCAACGAGUCAUUGACAUAUUUGACACAGAUGGCAAUGGUGAAGUGGACUUCAAAGAGUUUAUUGAGGGAGUCUCUCAGUUCAGUGUCAAAGGAGACAAGGAGCAGAAAUUACGCUUCGCAUUCCGGAUUUAUGACAUGGAUAAGGACGGCUACAUAUCGAAUGGUGAGCUCUUCCAGGUGCUGAAGAUGAUGGUAGGCAACAACUUGAAGGACACGCAGCUUCAGCAGAUCGUUGACAAGACCAUCAUCAAUGCCGACAAGGAUGGAGAUGGCAGGAUAUCCUUUGAGGAGUUCUGUGCGGUGGUCGGUGGAUUAGACAUUCACAAAAGAUGGUCGUGGAUGUGUAAAUGGACAGACGGCCCCUUCACCAAACGCCUCUCUCACUCUCUCUCUCUUUCUCUCACUCUCUCUCUCUCUCACUCUCUCUCUCACUCUCUCCUUUCUAACUCUGCUCCUCUCGUUCUCUUCUUUUCUCUUUGCUUUCUACUCCAUGUCUGAGAAUCAGCUAACAGUGUCUGGCUAAUGCGCUGCCCUUAUUUAUCUCUCUGUUUCUCGCUCCCCCUUUAUUUCCUCCUGGUUUUCUCUUGCUUUCUUCCUCUCUCUCUCUCCCCCUCUUAUUUUUUUUUUUCCAAUGAAAGUAUUUUGUUUUGUGUGAUUAUCCCCACGCCCCCCCACCUCCCAAAAAAAAACAAACAAAAGUAGUCUCAAGACGCCAAUCAUUCUAAGUGUUAACGAGCAUCUUCUGCUAACGAUGUUCUGGCGUUGGGUAGGACAGCUGGAGAAAAGGCUUUUCUGACACUGAGCAAGCAUUUCAGUUUGGUGGAGGAGGGGAAGAGAGAGCAUGUGUUUAUAUCUGUAUGAGUGUCUGUAUGUAUGCGUUAGUUACGAUUUCUUUUCGUUUUUGCAGGGGGACUUUUUUAUAUUUAUUUUGGUCUUGUCUUUUUUAAAAGUGAGGAUGUAGGUGUACAGGGAAAAUUGUCUAAGCAGUUGAGACGCAACACGAUGUAUACUUGAUUCAUCACAAACGCGCAGAUAGAGCAUCAAGUGCCAAUCAAGCAUAAAUAUAUAUAUAUAUAUAUAUAUAUAUAUAUAUAUAUAUAUAUAUAUAUAUAUAUAUAUAUAUAUAUAUAUAUAUUAUAUAAUAUGUGUGUGUGUGUGUGUGUGGUUUAUAAAAAUAGGUGAAUAUAUAAAUAUAUAUAAAUAUAUAUACAUAUACAUUACUAUCUAAAGCUGUUUAAUGUUAUUGGGAGAUGUUUUUGGGCUCUGUCGGAAAGUACUGCACGAAAUACACCAACACGAGUUUGCUAACAGGUUCAAAAAGUUGUUUCUUCAUGGGACGUCUGCAUCAGAUAUCACGAAACGAAAGGAGUUGAUUAGUGUUUUGUAAUACGGGGUGUGCGUAUGUAUGUGUGUAUGUAUGUAUGUGUGUGUGAGUAUGUGUGCACUGUUUAUACUGUCAGGGUGUUAAAAUGCAGUCCUUGCUUUCUGAUAUCCAGUGGUUUAGAAUAAAAUGCAAAAACAUUUGAAGUUGUGCACAUACACAGAUUUUAUGGUUUACUUUUAUGAUAUAGAUUUUUUUUUUUCUUUUCUUUUUUUUUCAGCUGUCAGAUAGCGACACAUACACUGCUAUAGGAUGGAAUAGUGCCAUCUGCAUCCCUAUCAACAUUUUUUUUGUGUGUGUGUGUGUGUAUUUUGCAUUUAUCAACUUUGCAACAUUUACUAUAAUAUAAUAACUGAUUGUUUUUCCACUCAUCGUUCAAAGAAGUAUGUAUGGAGGAUCAGCACAUAGGUUACUGUCACACGAAUACCCCACAGUGAGAUAUGAUUUAUUUUGUUUGAAAAAGAAAAUAAAAAUCAGUUUUCCAACUUGACUGCAGGCAGCGUUGUAAAAAAUGUGAUUGAAUAAUAUUUGUAUAUUAGAAACUGAGGAAAUGGGACUGAAGGAAGGACUGCUCUGAAGUUGAAAGGCUAGCAUUUGUUGAAAAACGUAGGCUGGGAAGCUACAACAUGACAGACUAGUAAAAUGCAAAGUUGAGAAGUGUAAUCAUUACAGGUUUUGUUCUAGAAAAAAAAUUGGAUUCAGAGCGAUUAGAGCAGUAGAAUCGGCUGUGGGAACGGAUUCAGUUUUCCCUGUAAACCCGUUUACUCAGAUUACUUUCUCAUGCUUUAUGAGAUAACUAACUGACAGGGGUCAGUGAAUUUAUAGGUGCGUUGAAAGAUGAAAACGAUGCCGUAAACGACAGUGCAUAGAAAUAACGUAUAACUUAAUAAAACAAACGACUGUUUGCUUAGCUUUUUUACAUGGAAACCACUGGCUUCUCAGCACAUCGCUUGCCGCUUUGCUGCACGUUUCUCAACUUGUAUUGCGUUAAACUGCUUCCCCUGUGCUGGGAUUGGCUGAUAGAGUAGUCUCCUCUUGGCUAGUAGUCAGUAGUUAUUUUCAAUGCCUUUUUUAACAUCGACUUAUUUUAUCUUCUGAGAAUACGCAACACAAAUUUAAGGGCCAUUUCAUUACUGUAAUGGCUCAAGCAAAGUUUAAAUGAAAGGAUCACGUGAGCAUAACUAAAAAUUUUAAAUGGCAGAUGUGGCCGUUUUGUAUUACUGAUUUAACUUGGCUUGCUAACUGUUGCUAACCCAGCCGAGGUCGUUUUCUUUUGAAAAAUCCACUGGUCAUUGGCAGGUGGUUUUGUCAUGUGUUUCUGAGUGGUGUGGUGCGGUGUGGUGUGGUAUAUGAGGGCAUGUAUUGACACAGAGUUGUGCUGUGUUCAUGGCCAAGUGGGAACUAGACUUUCAGACUCUGUUUUAACGGCCACCCAACCUCUAGUUACCUCUUGUUUCACAUCGUCAUAGAAACUCGCCAGAAACAUUCAACGCAAGAACGUGAGCGCAGAUGAUGACGCUCAGUCAGCGCUUUGCAAUGGGACAGCUCUUCUGUACAAACUCGCCAUGCAUUCUUACAUUUACUGUGGCAGGUACAACACUCAGUACUCAAGGGUGUGAUGUAUAGGUUUGAGUUUGGAGUCAUAACUUCUAAACAGGUGAAUGGUAGAAAAGUGCUAGGUGCUUCAGUCUAAAUGACUGAAUUACAGUCUGUUCAAUCAGAAUGAGAAGAUGAGAUAUAUGGAUUGACGAGCUUGGCCAGGCUUGGCUGCCGCUACAGUGCCCAUUGCUGUAACACUCAGAAUGCAGCUUGCGUUGCAUUAUAAAUUGCAUGGCAACACUUUUUUAAAACGCAGCGAUGCACAAUAAUGUGUCUGCGUAGCUGGUCACAUCUGUGUUCACCUGCUUUUGUGAAGUAUGUUUCUGACCUUAUGCUUUUGAUGCAGAUCUUUUAUACUACCUUAGUGUGAUAUUGCUAAAUAUUGGGAGAUGCCUGGAGAAUUGUAAGAUCGAGAUGUUCUGCACAAGAUUUUUAAUCAAACUGCGUGCUGUCAUCAUUUUCCGUGCUAUAUUAACCUUGAAUUGACAUUGACUAUGAAAAUACGUGGUGUGUAAAUACACCAUUCUGGUGUAAAAGAUUUUUAAAGAGCUUUUUAUACACCCACAAGUAGCCAAACAAACACUAGAUUGGUGUGAGCGUUCGGUUUUUUUCCAAACCUCAAAUCACUGUAGUUUAGUGAACACUUUGAGGUGGAAAAGUAGGUUUCAUAAAUGCCACUAAGGUGCAAUCAGCGGGUAUGUUCUAGCAGCCAAUCACAGAGCAGGAGACACUGUUACUAGCCAAUCGCAGUACAGAACUCGAGGCAGCCAAUCACAGCACAGUCUGCAUUCUAUUUGUUGAAAUAUGGUUGAGGGGAUGUUUUUGAAAUCUUAAAAUUGAAACAAAUACAAAGUUAAAUAAAAAAAAAAAGCUUUCUUGAUCUCGCAGCCUCGCGUGCAUGCUGCUGUGGCAGUAGGUCGAAUGCACAAGUGCAGAACGGCGCCUCUCAUGCUUUCUCUCUUUUCUCUACCAUCUCUCUCUUUUUCUCUCUCUCUCUCUCUCUCUGCACGACCGAUGGCUCUUAUAAACUUCUUUUCCAAAUAAGACCUUUUAAGGUCUUGUGAUGUGCUUUGCAUGAUAAUGGGAGGGUGUCUUUUUUUUCUUUCUCUGUUAGUAUUAUGAUCACUUAUUUUCUUUUUGUUGUGCAUGUAGGUCCUACUUUUGGAAAACGAUCCUCUUGUUUACAUAUGAAUCGUACAAUUGAUAUUAUAGGCUAUGAAUGACAGUUACAUAUAAAUAUAUGGAUGUUGCCAAACUUUUGGUAAAUGUUUUCAAUAUUGAAAUGAUAAAAAAAGUACUCCACUACAUGUAUCCAUAAUUCUUAUGAUAAUGAGAUGAAUAUAAUAAUCUAAAUCAGUGUCACAUUAAGCAAGGCUUCACCUUUACCCUCUCUUGAAGCAGCAUGCUGUUGAAAAGGGGGUCUCUUUUAUUUUUAUUUUCGUUAAUGAUUUGGUCGAAUUGUUUUGUACAGACUUUGUUAUUAAUAACGUAGUACGAUUAGUGCUCCUUGCUUUGGAUUUUCAGUGCUUUGUAUAACUUAAGUUAGGGGGUGGACUGUUUGUUAUAUCUGCUAUGAUAUCGGUGAGACGGUGGCUCUUUUUUUGGGGGGGGUGGGGGGGGGGGGUUUGAAACUUUGAAAAACACCAAAAUGUUUCAGUCUUAGGAUUUUCUGUUUUUGUUUAGGCCUAUUCUUCAUCUCUGCAUGCUGCGUCAUAUGCUGUGGGAACCAUUGAAAUGUCACUCAUGACAAUGAGAAAUAAAACAUUUGAAACUUGUAAAA